AAUCAUCCCAUAUUUUUUAGAGUAAUAUAUUGAGAGAGUUCUCCCAUCUUUUGUCUUCCUUGUCUUUCUUUGCUUGCUUGUGAGUUUGAGAGAAGGCUGCUUAGUUCUCUAACGGAAUUGAGAGCUAAGGCCGCACGACCAAGAGUAAGGUCGUGACAAGUGGUAUCAUAACCUGGUUUGGCUUGGUGCUAGCAAAGAAGAAGAAAAGUCAAACGAAAAGGAGGAGCCUAACAAAACAUUUCGGGAUCAGAAGUCGAUACUGGUGACAACAAGAAACCUGGAAGACAUCCCAUGAAGAGCUUGAGGCCAAAGGGGACUUCUAGCACUCGUGAUCCUGUACAUACUCUAGAGAAAACCGACUCUAAAGUGGAUGUGAAGGUGGCUAAAGAUGUCACCGAAGUUGAGGAGUUGGGAGCUAACUUCACCCAAAUCCAAGGUGAUAUUCAAGAUUUGGGGGCUCGAUUGGCAAGCUUGGAGAUCGGAUAUGAAGGGUUGCGUGAAGAGCUUGUGGCCCUCAUCAACAACAGCAUCUCUACCUCAAUGAACAACGCAAUUGAAGUAGGGAAGGAGACUGUUCAGGCCAUCAUGAAGGAGGAGAUUGGAGACCUCAAGUGUGAGGUUACUCUUGUGAAGUGGGCCAUGGCUAACGGACAUGCCGCGGUGCAAGCCACCUCAACCAUGGAGAUUCCAAGACCAAAGUGCUUGAAAGGGUCGAUGAAUGCAAGGGAGUUAGGGAACUUCCUAUGGAGCUUGGAGCAAUACUUCAAAGCUUUGGGUAUUCGAGAUGAGAAUACCAAGGUAAAAACUGCACCUCUUUAUUUGAGUGAUGUUGAUAUGUUGUGGUGGAGAAGAACCCAAUGCGAUAUCAGUAAAGGGACGUGCGUGAUGUUUUGAUAGAAUGAAUAUAGCUAUCAUUGAAAUGAGCUUUUCUAGAGGCGCAAUGUCAAAAUUCUACCAAUACUAGUCCAAUAACAAAUACUCUGAUUUAUAAAAAGAACCAACAAAGUGAUCAUAUAAAACCAAACAAUUGUUUCUCUGUCCACACUUCUACUAGCAAUGUUCGAACGAGGACUAGGACCACGAACUUAAUUUCCUUCCUUUGGCUACUAUGUUGCUCCAUCAAACACCUUGUAUCGACAUGCCCUGCAACACAAGGAAUUAUCCUAUGCAGAUUUCUACUUGACCAACCAGAAAGAUGCAUAACUCAUUCUGCUCGCGGGACACAUGCAUAAAUCUCGAACCUUGAA